GCGGGGGACAAUGAACUGCUUUUCUUGGACAACAUUGCAAUAUAAAUAACAUUUUAUGUCGUUAAGCUUUUUGGAUUAUUGGAAGGAAGAUUUCGUUGGAUGGUUCGUUUGAAAAGCACUUAAAAUAAUAUGCUAGCUAGCCUUCCUUAAUUAGUCUUUCAACAACAUAUUUUUCUCCCCCAUUUUUUUUGUUGUUCAGCGAGAUGACGGCACGGCAGGAUCUUUGACUUUCGGUGUAACCUUUUGAUAAUAAGAAAUUGUUGUCUUCUUAGUGCCAGAUGUCAACUUUUCCAAAAACAUCUACAAUAGGUGUUAGCUAGUUUUAUCUAUGGUGGGGUGCCGAGUUCCUUAAGUAAUUCUUUUGAAUUCAGAGUAUGGAAAGAAGGAAGAACGCGGAAGGAGUGAAAGACAACUAUGGACUCUACCAUAGGGAAUCAUUAGUGGAAGGAUGCUUGUUCUCUGAUUAUCAGCAACAGGAACAGGAGCAAGAAUCAUAUUCAGAUUACAGGUUGUUCUGUUAUGAUGAUCCAAGAUUUAGCAUAAUUUCUCCUCCUCUACAACUCCCACCAUGGCCGGAUCAUGCUGGUGAAAUUCAAAAUGGAAUCCAAGAUGAUGUCGAUGAACCCCAGAAGAAAAAUGAGCAUCAAUUUUCUUUAGCCUCACUUGAGCUGCUAAAGAAAUAUGGUAGAGGGUUUAGACGUUUGAACACACAAGGAAUAACUGAACCGAGCAACGGUACACUUUCAGCCCAGGAAUUGUCAACUGAAGAAAUCGUCAGAAUUGCUGCAGAGAGGUUUAUCCAAUUCCGCAACACAAGAACUGAUGUUGCUUCCAUGCUUGACAAUCUUUUCGAUCUAUCUAUAGCAGGCAUUUCUAGAGAGGAGGUUGAAAAUGUAGAGCUUGCCGAAAUCCUUUUGGCAUCUGCUGAGAAAGCAGGCAAUAAAGAAUAUGAUCGUGCAAGUAGAUUGCUUGAUUUUUGUGAUCGCUUUUCUUCCAAUACUGGAAACCCUGUGCAAAGAAUAGUCUACUAUUUCUCUGAAGCUCUUCAUAAGAGAAUUGAUCGAGAAACACAAAAAAUCAUAUCAAAGGGAUGUGGAAAGAGCAAGUCACUUGCUAUAGAUCAAUUAGUGAUCAUUCCAAACUCAGCUAUCAAGGCAUGUCAUGAAGGAGUUCCCUUCUACCAGGCUGCACAUUUAAGUGGAAGCCAAGCCAUCUUAGAAAAUGUGGCAGAGGCAAAGAGGAUUCAUAUAAUUGAUCUGAAAAUCAGGAAUGGACUGCAAUGGACAGUCCUGAUGCAAGCUUUAGCGUCUCGAUGCAAUUGUCCUCUGGAGCUUCUCAAGAUAACAGCUGUGGAGACUAGUUCAAAGCAAUUAAUUGAGAAUACAGGUAACCGGUUAAUGAGUUUUGCUCAGGCCAUGAACAUACCCUUUUCUUUUAAGAUAGUUAUGGUAUCAAGUAUGGAAGAUCUCAAAGAAGAUCUAUUUGGGAUAGAAACUGAGGAAGUAGUAGCUGUGUACUCAGAAUAUGCAAUAAUGAACCUCAUUGUGCUACGAGAUCAGCUAUAUUCUGUAAUGAGAGUUAUUAGAAGUAUCAAACCUUGUAUUAUGGUGGUAAUUGAAAGUGAGGCAAAUCACAACUCACCGGUUUUUGUUAAUCGUUUCGUUGAAGCUCUCUUUUUCUUCAGUGCAUAUUUUGAUUGUGUUGAUGCUUCUAUGGGAAAGGAUGAUCCAAAUAGGAUGAUUAUGGAAUCAUUAUUCUUAGGAGAAGGAAUAAGAAAUAUUGUGGCAACUGAGGGAGAAGAUAGGGAUAUUCGCAAUGUGAAGAUUGAUGUUUGGAGGACAUUCUUUGCCCAAUUUGAAAUGGUGGAGACAGAACUGAGUGAGUCAUGCUUGCACCAAGCAAACCUGGCUGUUAAGAAUUUUCCAUGUGGGAAAUAUUGUACAACUAGUAUGGAUGGGAAAAGCCUAAUUGUUGGUUGGAAGGGUACACCAAUUCUUUCUCUUUCUACUUGGAAGUUCAUUUGCCAAAAAGAGGAAGAAGCUUGCCAAGAACAGGAAGGGUUUGAAGAACAGAUUUUAAAUUGCUGAAGUCCUUUCUUUAGCUAAUUCCAAAUUCUCCCAGGAUGUUGUUGUGUUUUUAUGGAAAUUUUUGCUUAAUUUCUAUUUUAUCAACUUUCUACACCAUUUUCCAAAUUCUCUCACGUAGACUGAAGACACAGGAUUUUCAGAAAGGAUUACAGUGUCCACAUAUUCUUCUCAGCACCUGUAAUCCAGUAUUGUUUCAAUUUUGAACAAUAGAUGGAAUAAAUAAGUGAAAAAAAAAGGAUGUGCAAAUAUCACAUUCUUGUCAAUUUCUCAGAA